AUGUGGAACCAUCAAACACCAGGGAUGUCAAUUACGAUGAAAAACAACGAUUCGGUCUCACCGUACAAAGGGGUACCUCGAAAUAUAGUCACACCUGUCUUCAAAAUGGCAUGUCACCUCCGUUUCAAGAAACCCGACGUCAAUAUGCUAUUGAACUAUAUCGAUACACAACUAGACCACAUGGUAAUAUCAGCACUCAUCGAAGCUGCUCUUCGACUGCUCCCACCUGAUGACACCCCUGAAGGGAGGUUAGAGGCGAAAGAAAGAAUGCAACAAAAGAUGGAGCGGGCACAUUCUCAAGAAGUCGAUUUCGUCGAUCAAGUGCGAGACUUUGGCUAUCAACUUCUAACGGAGAGCGAACAAAAACAGUCUCAACUACGCUCGACUCCUGAUAUUCUAUUUCUUGAGCCUGUAUCAAUUCAUGGACAGCUAUGCCACUGGAUCGAAUUCAAAAGUUACUUCGGUUUCAAAUCGAACCCAUUUAUCGCUUCGAAAAACAAGAAACAAUUGAAGAGAUAUGCCUCGGAAUUAGGACCAGGUGCCGUUGUCUACAAGUUGGGAUUUGAGAUUGAUCACAUAGUAGCUCCAGGGAUUCAUUCGUUUCGUGAGAAAGAGGUUCUGAAUUACAUGGGACAGCAGUCGGAUUUUAGAUACUAG